CAAUUCAAAAAUGUCUCAAAUUGAUUUACUGGAAGAAGUUCCUCACCUACACAUCAUUGCUGAACGGGAUGUCCUGAACGCAUGGAAAACCUACAGAGUGUCGGAAAAGACUCGUCAACUGGGCUGUGAAGCUGGUCGGGAAAUUUUCGCCGAAGCCAUCACUUUCAGAGGAGCGGAAGACGUCAGCGAAUGUGGACCGAUGCCUAAAGGAUUAGAUUGUGCGCAGCAAAUUGUUUUUGGUUAUGAGUUGGAUGUGGAGCUGCCACUUUUGAAACUUCUUUUGAUUGAGAAUGACACAUUUUGGAAGAGAGUGGCAAAAGCUAAAGUUAAAUCUCCCGUGGAGUAUAUGCAAAUGGAACGUCAAGCUGACAUUUGUUGGAAGGACAUCGGCGUUGCCCUGAAGGUUGCCGAAGCAAUAGAAACCGAACCGGUCGAGUAUUGGUUCGAGGGAGACUUGGAGGACACAGUUCAACAAUCGGCACCGUUCGUUAAACAACUUAAAAUAACUCAGCUUCAAGCUUUGCGUCAAAUUGAACCCUUCGAGGGCUACGAAGAGUAUAAGGUUUACAAUGUCCCUCACGAAAUGUGCAGUCAUGGCUCGUUAGAAAUUCUUAAGCAUCUUGAUAAUUUAACUUCGCUUAGCAUAAUUUUCGGAGUGGAUGAUGUAGCAAAAGCUUACGAAAGAAGAUUCUUCCAGUUAUCACAGGAAGAUAUUGUUAACUUGGUUAAAGCCUUGAAAAAACUUCCAAACCUUACUCAUUUCAAAAUAUCUCGCAGUCGAUUGGAUUCGGAAAAGUUGAAACCUUUACUGCUACAACUAUCGAAUAUUUCGCUGGAAUGCUUAGAGCUGCCCUACUGUUAUCUCGGAGAACAGUGCGGAAUUCUACUGGGCAGAUACAUAAGCAAAUGUCCAGCCGCUUUGAAAUCGAUUAAUCUUUCCGGAAACUUCAUCGACGGAAUGGAGAUGGAAAAUUUUUGCUACGGAAUAAACGUGUUCCAGGGCGUUUUGGAAAAGCUAGACAUCUCCCACAACCCGAUUGGAGAGGCGGGCGUUUUGGUCUUGGGAGGAGGCGUCAAAAACCUUCCACAUAUUCAAGAACUAGACGUCACCGGCUGUGAAAUGGACGAGCAGGGAGCCUACAGGGUAAGCCAAAUUAAGUGUAAGGUUUAA